UGUUACCUCACAGCCCUAGAGCAGUACAAGGAGCACAGGCAGCUUGAUGCUUUAAGUAUUUUCCCUUCUUCACUGCAUGUGUUUACACAUCUGCUGUGGCAACCCUUCUAAGGGAAUGCUGAGCAGUAGCUGCCAAAACAUAUGGAAAUAUCAUCAUACUAAUUUAUAUUUUCUAUGUACCGCCAUGUACACUGCAACACUUCCAUGCUUUCAAUGGCAGCUGUGAUUCUUGCCCUGAGAUCGUCAGUGUUUGUCUCCAGAGAUUUCUACACUCAACUUUUGACGAAUCACCUAAGAAAUUAAAUGUCAAGUGUGAUGUUGGGGAACCUCACUGCCUUAAGAAUGGGAUGGCCAGGUCACCAAUUUAGGAGUAAUUUAUUCAAAGGCUUGGGGAGAAUUGGGGCCUUUUCCUUUUUUUCCCCUGUUGAGUGUCUCCUCUCAUUACUGGCCUGUGUUUAUUUGUACUUGAGGCGUUGGGUGUGCACCAAACCAUGAGGACCAGAACUAUAUCAUAACUUGCAACUUGAUCCCCUUUUCCCUGUUGAGUGUCUCCUCUCCUUACUGCACUAUUUUAUGUGUAUCUGAGGCAUUGGGGGUGUGUCAGAUUGUGAGGACCAGAACUUCAUGUGUCCUCGUUGUUCUUCAGAUGUGGGCUGUGACCUGGUGACCAACCUCGGCGAGACCCACACCUCCCCGGCCCGGCAGUCUCCAUUUUCAGACGAUUCUUCAGCACCGAGCCAGCAGAAGAAGAAAGGCUACCACUGGGAUGACUAUGACAUGCACGGCCCACACACGCUGGUGGGCUGCGGCAGCGAGGGGGCCACGGCCGCCCCGCCAGACUUGCUGAUGCUGAGCCAGGGCACCUCCCUCUUCCACGGAGACGACCCCAUGGAGGGAACGCCACUGCUGCCAUGCUCUGCUGCCACACCCCUGCUGAGUGUGGACGCCCGGGGCGGUCCAGACGGCCGGGACACACCAGACGGUGACGAGGACAAUGAUGAUCCCUGCAGCUUUGAGGAAAUACUCCUGGCAAAUAAUAUAUCUGUUGACUCAUGCCAAGACCUGACUCUUGAUCAUUCGUCUAAAUACUACAUUGUCUCGGACCUUGAAGAUGACUGCCCAGAGUCAGCCCUGAAGAUAUCCAACAUGCCUUCUGUCAUCGAGGACGCCAACAGGCUCGGCAGCCCCAGGAGCCGCCGCCCCUUCCACUGCAGAGACUACAGCUGCGUGUCGGACCUGUCCUUCCUCUCUGCCCUGGAGGAGGAAGGCGUUGACGACUCAAUGUCUGAACUCCAGGAAUCUGACUAUGAGCUGCUGGAUAGAGUCAGUGAGCCCCUCACACCCACACUGGUGCAGACUUCCCUCUCAGAAGUGUUUCUAUAGUCUUGUGAUGUGACGACAGCUGCUGCUGGACAAGGAGCAAAAACUUUUUACCCCACCAACUCCCAGCAAUUUGUUUAACAUUAAAUUAAAUAUGUGGGAAAGAUAAAUAUGAAUUACAUGAUAGGUAGGUAGAUAGAUAGUAGAUGGAUGAAUAGAUAGGUAGAUGUACCGAGAGAAAGAAGAAAUUAUUAAAUAUACUUUUAUACAAAUAUAUACAUAACAUACACAUUCUGUUCAUGUUUCAGACAAACUUGCAUUCAUGGAAAGAUUACUAAAAUCUAAUUUACCACAAACUAAAUUCAUUAUUCCGUAAGGAAAAAAUGGAACAGGUGUAGUUGCUUUCUAUUACUGCAUGAAAACCUGGAGUAACCAACAGCACUUGUAUAAAUUAUCUAAAGUAUCACAAGCAGUGUGCAACAUUUUCUCAAGCCAAGCCUUCACAUGUCAGGUCAGCACAAUGCAUAGAAGAGAACAUUUUUACCAAAAAGGCUGAGCCGAGUGAGUCGAGAAUCACAUAAAGUUUUGUACAAACGAGCAAAGGACAGAGACACUGUGUUUAUGAACACACAUUAUCUCAGGAUGGUUAAGGGAAGCCACUUGUAGCCAGCCCAAAGGGGUUACAAGCUGUUGCCAAAGGUGGGGUUUCAUGUUAAAGCAACAGGAUGAGUCAGUGAGUGUAUUGUGAGGCACAAGCCACAGAGCUGUUCCCGUGUGGACUGAAGGCUGCUGUACUGAAGGGGGAGGCACGACUAAGGCCAUCAAAAAUAUGCCUCGCGCCAGAUAAGAUAGUACAAAUAGACCUCAAGAUGCUGGAGAGGAUGUGCAUAAGCCAUCAUAUUGUAAAAUGUGUUAUACCAUUUUUUAUACUUUAGUAUGUUUUCAUAGUCUGAAAAUGCAAGUGCACCUAUUAUCAUUAUUCCUCAUGAGAAUUUUAAGUUAAAGAAAUUCAUAUUAUGCAACCCAUCCAUGAAUGCAAGUCCACAUCAGUCAUUAUAGUCCAUUUCAUUCCAUCUGUC